UAGUACCGGCGGCGGGCGCGGGGGGGCCGGGGCCGCGUGGCGCUGCAGGCACAGUUCAAAGCCCAACUGGGUGUGAGUGGGAGGUGAGUGAGAGGCGGCCAGCAGGAGCAACAGGUUGACAUGUGAGAGUGAGGCCACCCGUCAUCUUGUGCUGUGUGUGUGUCCCGCAGGAGACGCUCACCACCCCAGCGGCCACCAGCCGCCGACAUCUUGCAGUAUUGAGUUGUGAGCUGUAUGACUGCAUCGCCCCACAUCUGGUCGCACUGCACGUCAGCUGGGAGGCGAGCCUGGAGACAAGAUUUUGACCCACGCCUAGAUUACGUAAAAAAUGGGGGGGCGACACUCUCACCCAUCAGCAGCCAUGGGGUGUGCGAUGAGUACAGCUGCUGACAAAGAAGCAGCAGAAAGAAGCAAAAAAAUUGACAGGGACCUGAGACUUGCUGGAGAACGUGCUGCCAGAGAAGUGAAGCUUCUGCUCUUGGGUGCUGGUGAAUCUGGCAAAAGUACAAUUGUAAAACAGAUGAAGAUUAUACACGAGACAGGAUAUUCCCGGGACGAAUGUGAACAGUACCGACCGGUCGUGUAUUCCAAUACAAUCCAGUCACUCAUGGCAAUAAUCAGAGCCAUGGGGCAACUAAAGAUUGACUUUAAAGAUUCUAGUCGAGCGGAUGAUGCCCGGCACUUUUUCACAUUAGCAAGUGCAGCAGAUGAAGGUGAAUUGACUCCUGAAUUAGCAAACAUAAUGAAGCGAUUGUGGAAUGAGAGCGGUGUCCAGCACUGUUUUAGGUAUGUGAACACAGUCGACUCAGAGGUGUCACUGUUGGACCGGAUUGCUCGGCCUGGCUAUGUUCCCACACAGCAAGAUGUCCUCCGCACCAGAGUUAAAACAACAGGCAUUGUGGAGACAAAAUUUUCUUUCAAGAACCUAAACUUCAAGCUGUUUGAUGUAGGCGGACAGAGAUCCGAGAGAAAAAAGUGGAUCCACUGCUUUGAGGGAGUGACGGCCAUCAUCUUUGUUGUUGCUUUAUCAGGGUAUGACUUGGUACUAGCAGAGGAUGAAGAGAUGAACAGGAUGAUUGAAAGUAUGAAGCUCUUUGACUCCAUUUGCAACAACAAAUGGUUUGUGGAGACAUCAAUAAUUCUCUUCCUAAACAAGAAAGAUUUGUUUCAAGAAAAGAUUACAAAAUCGCCAUUAACGAUCUGUUUCCCAGAGUACCAAGGCAACAACACGAACGAAGAUUCCGCCAACUACAUCCGUAUGAAGUUUGAGAACCUCAAUAAGCGGAAGGAUCAGAAAGAGAUCUACACGCACUUCACCUGUGCUACCGACACUAGUAACAUUCAGUUUGUGUUUGAUGCUGUAACAGAUGUAAUCAUCAAGAAUAACCUCAAGGAUUGUGGUCUUUUUUAGAAAGUUGGCUCCUUGGGGCCUAACUUGAUAAGACGAUGGGGGUGACGCGUUCUUCGUGAUGCACCCGUCCGUCACAGUCCUAGAUGGAUAUGUGUUUGCACCAAAGUAUUAUAUUGCUGGCAGGACACUAGCCAGUGGGACUCAAACAUUAUGAAACUUGAACUAAAACUAGAAUGAAUGUGAAACUGAAUGUGAAAAUGUUUAAGAAUAAAUAUGUUUGCUGCUUUGCACAGUGGGACUGUCUCGCCAUGCCAGUGGUAUUUACAGUGCCUAGAAUAUGUAUAUGAUUAUUGAAUGUACUGUAUAGAUUGUGUGAAGUAUUGUGUGCCAUGUGUUACUUUGGGCCAGUGUUUAUUGUUGGUGUCGUGAGUGUGUACACCCGGCACAACCUUGGUGUCGUGCGUGCAUACACCCGGCACAUCUUUGGUGUCGUGAGUGUGUACACCUGGCACAUCCUUGGGGUCAUGAGUGCAUUCACCUGGCACAACUUUGGCGUCAUGAGUGCAUACACCCGGCACAGCUUUGGCGUCAUGAGUGCAUACACCCGGCACAGCCUUGGUGUCAUGAGUGCAUACACCUGGCACAUCCUCAACUCCACACACUCUUAAUAUUAAUCAUUGGAGUUUCACUCGAGGGAAAUUGUACAAGGCAUAUAUUUUUUAUUUUCUGAUCUGGUAUAUCAAUAAGUGUGUGAUGGAGGUGAUCUUGUGUCCGCCAACAGUAUUGGACGUAUAUCUAACCCCAGUCACUGUCCAACAGACACAAGUAUCAAUAGUCAAUCCCAUUUUUGGUUCUUUUGUCACAAAUACAAUUGUGAUAGCAAGUCUGUGGCUGACUUCUCUUGAUUAUUAUACAAUUGAAUUUUAUAAAAAAAAAACAAAAACAAAUUUGUUAUUGACAAUAGGUAUGUAUCCCCUGGGCAGUAGAAAGACUUGUCAUUUUUGUGACUUUAAACCAGAAAGUUUUUAUUAUACGACAAGUGUUGGUACUCUUGCCGGCCGUGCUGUACGUCUGGGUGCUCUGUUGUGCCGGUUUUAUCAAACAAUUGGUUUGUAUUAUUGCAACAGGAGUUUCCUAUACA